AUGUCCUCGCAUAAGAAAUCUAUUUUCGUGGCUGUAGGAGCUGCUGCAGCUGCUGGUUUUGUUGUUGGAGCAGGGGUUUAUUUUUUUACAAAGGGCAAACAUACCCCUACCAAUGAUGAUGAAGACGCCUUUAAUAUAACUGCAGAUGGGGCUCCUGGUGUUAAGGUAAAUUUAAAAGAAGGAACAAGUGUCUUAAAGGAAACGAAUAUUACUUCACAAGUUGGUAAGAGCGAUUCUGCUGGACAAAAAGGCAAAAAACCGUUGGAUGCAGCUUUGGCAGAAAAUGAAUUGCUUACUGAGGCAUUAAAUGAAAUUGGCAUGGAUGCACCAGCAGAAAGAGCAAAGACUCUUGUUACUUCUGCAGGGAAGUCUAAUGACAAGGGUACAAAAGAAGAUAGGAAGGAAUUUCCAAAUCUUGGUUUGUCAAUGGCAGUCCCGAAAGGAUGGGAAAUUCGUGAGGAUCUUUCUCCAUUUCCACUUGUGGCAGUUCUUACUGUUUGGAAUCAAGAUUUAGUUAUUGAAGAUGACCAUCAACGAAUUGGUGCCGUUCCAACAAUUCUGCUAUCUGUGGAGGAUGUCCGAGGUGAUAAUGAUGAUUUAGCUGAAUAUAAAGAUCGAUGCAAGGAUGCUACAGUGAAUCAAUUACUUAUGAUGACUGGAGGUGCUAUUGAACCAAAGGUAACGAAAGACAGUCCUGUUCAAGAUGGUCCUUUUCGUCAUGUAGUUGAAUUUACACAAAGUCUUCCUCCUUUCUAUGAUAUCGUGGUGUUUAAUCUUCUUGAAGUACGUAAUUGCAUUGCAUACAAUUUUCAGAUUAUGUGCUCUCCAAGUGUAUUGCCUCAGUACAAAUCUAUGUUUAUGGAAAUGGCCCGCAGCGUGCGAAUUGUGGGGAAUCUUUCCACUGCUAUUGGUUAUGUGGAGCUGCAUACAGGUUCACUUAAGAUAGAUAUUGAUACAAAUUGGUCUUGGGAUUAUCCUGGUAAAAAUAAUGCUUUGGCUACUUUUACAACUUCAUCAAUGUCAAAGAAGGAAGAGAUAAGUUUGUAUGCUGAAGGUACAGUACCUACUACAACUUAUAAACCACAAGAGGAAAAGAAUAUGGACGGUGUUCAUAUUGUUUCCGCAUUUGAUGGUUCUCAGCAGCAGAAAACUUUAACUUAUAAUGGAUAUGUUUUGGUUGUUAAACCACUUCAGAAAUCUAUUUCUUACUUGAUUGAAGAAGAACUUAUUGUAAUUCUUAAAUCUGUUACUCCUUCAACAGAAAAAUCAAAUCCAAAGAAGAGUGGUACAUUUAUUAAUAAAGAACAUGGUUAUCUUGUGGAUGUUGUUCGUGGUGGACGCUUGGUGGCAAGUCGUAUUGGUGGUUACCAAGUUGUUUAUGCACCUUGUGGUGUAGCUGAGACAAUGGAUGAGGAACAACCACCCACUGUUACUAUUCGUAUUGGUUAUCCCGAGACUGAUCCAGAGUGUAUGAGUUCCCUGGAUGAAUGGGAAGAACAAAUAAAAGAAAAAACUGAAGGUGAUAUUAAAGAAAUUACACGAACCACUAUUACUGGUGAACGUUGUCUUACAGUUGUCUCGCAAAAUAUGGAUGAAAUUGCUCCAGGUCAACGAAUGGAAGUGUGUACAAAACUCUUUAUAUUUGUUCGUAAUGGAAAGACAACAUUGAUUCGAUGGUCAUCGGCAGUUGGACUUUGGAAAAAGUUUGAGCGGGAUAUGAACGCUUUCGUUGAUUCUUUUAGAUUCAUUUGA